CUGGGAAGGCGGGAUCUCAGCUUGUUCCUCGUUUCCCAAGAGAUCCAUCAGAGACAGCCCAAGGCGGUACCGGCACGGGCUGUCCCUGUGUUUGUCCCUGUCCCUGUGUCCCGCUGUGCCCGCCCGCCGCAGGUGAGCGCGGCCCCGCCCGCCCGUCCCUCCGCCCGUCCCUCCGCUCCUCCCGCCGCCCUUAAACGCCGUUGGCGGCCGCGUCCCGGGCGCUGCCGCUGUCCCAGCAUGGCCACGCUGCUCCAGCCCCUCGUCCCGCUCCUGCUGCUGCUCUGCGGCUGCCUCUGCCCGCCCGCCCGCGCCGGGCUCUACUUCAGGGCAGGGCAGCGCUGCUACAGACCGGCCCCGCGCAGGGACCCCGGCCCCAGGACCUACCCCCGCCCGCACGAGUACCUGGACGUGUCGGCGCUGCCGCGGAGCUGGGACUGGAGGAACGUGAACGGGGUGAACUACGCCAGCACCACUCGGAACCAGCACAUCCCCCAGUACUGCGGCUCCUGCUGGGCCCACGGCAGCACCAGCGCCCUGGCAGACCGAAUCAACAUCAAGAGGAAAGGUGCUUGGCCUUCUGCCUACCUGUCUGUGCAGAACGUCAUCGACUGUGCGGACGCGGGGUCCUGCGAGGGCGGGGACCACGCGGGGGUCUGGAGGUACGCGCACGAGCACGGCAUCCCCGACGAGACCUGCAACAACUACCAGGCCAAGGACCAAAAGUGUAAGAAGUUCAACCAGUGUGGAACUUGUGUCACCUUUGGAGAAUGCCACGUGAUCAAGAACUACACUCUCUGGAAAGUUGCUGACUAUGGGUCUGUCAGUGGAAGAGAAAAAAUGAUGGCAGAAAUCUACAAGAAUGGACCAAUUAGCUGUGGCAUAAUGGCUACUGAGAAGCUGGAUGCCUACACAGGGGGACUGUACAAGGAGUACAACCCCUCACCUACAGUGAAUCACAUCGUGUCUGUGGCUGGCUGGGGAGUGGAAAAUGGGACAGAAUAUUGGAUAGUUCGUAACUCCUGGGGUGAGCCCUGGGGUGAAAGAGGAUGGCUGAGGAUUGUGACCAGUGCCUACAAGGGUGGGAGAGGAGGAGACUACAAUCUGGCUAUUGAAGAGGACUGUGCAUAUGGAGAUCCUAUACUGCCUUGAUUCUUCAUGGUACAGCUUUUGAUUUAGGUACUUUGUUUGGAAGCUUCCCAGCACAACCUCCUUUUGUUUAAAGAAUAAUAGCCUGAGACUCUUUCACAGUUCAACACCAUCAGGCAGUUCUGCAAAAUUAGCCCAGGUGCAACACAAAAUGCCUUAAAAAAAUACAGAACUGCUCUAAUUUCAUUUACAUCUUGAAGUAAUUCACCCAUGAAGGAGCUGUCUACCUUGAUGCACAGUAUUAAAAUCACACUGACUGAAUCACAGAACCUGUAGGUGUAAAUAUCUAUUUUUUAAAAAUACAAAUAAUGUAGAUGUACUGGAAAUAUAUACUCAAUAUUUGGGUCUAGAGCUUCUUUUAAAUUCUGUGACAGUACUGACCAAAUAUGUUGCAAUAAUAAAAAGCCAUGGUAAGUGUGGGCAUGAUGAAUCCAAAAUAUUAAACCCUGUUUCCUUGACCUCCUGGUGAAACAGUGGUGUUGAAAGUCUUAAUAAUGAGGUUGCUUUUAUCCACCAAAAUGAUAUAAUGGGAAUUACUUUGAUCAAAAGACAGUCUAAAUACUUCCUACUUAAUUAGUCUUGUCUUUGCUCAAAUUUCUUGCUUGAAUAUGUGACUGUGCCCAUUUUCUCCUAAAGAGGCAAAAUAUAAGUUGCCAUAACCCAGAACACUCCUCACUGACAAAUCAGUGCCAUAUCAAAUGUUAUUACCUGGCAUUGCUAACUGUGUUUAAUAAACUGACUUUUUCUCUUA